AGGUGGUGGAUCCAACAGAGUUACAACAGCCCGCUGUAAAUGAGGUUUCGCUUGCUGGAGGAACGGUUGUGAAGAGGGGAGGGUACAAGCCUAUGCAUACGAGCGCAGUUUGGUUCAAGAGCUGUACAUCCUGAAUGAGCUGUGCUGGUCUUGAGCUCGUGGAAGGAUAGCCAAAAGUGUGAGGCAAUCUACACAAGGAAGAAAGUGAGGGAGAGAAAGUCUGCGACAAGACAAGUGACAGGAGCGAGCAGGGAUGGGAAACGUGUUUUCGAGCUCACAGGAGAAAGAGUUCAAGAAGCUGUGCAAGCGGAAUACGCGAGUGAACCGAGAGAGAUUCGCCAGCGCUGAUUUCUCCCCCUCCUCCGCGUCGCAGGACCUGGCGGGGUCACCUCGACGAUCUAUGAAGAGGAACUGCAGCUUUGGGAACCUAGUAACGGAGGUGCGAUUUAACAGCGAGCUGCCGGCACACUUUGAGACGGAGGGAGCAGUUGAUGUGGUACAUGAAGACUUGAUCUAUCCCGACGAUCAGCAGGAAGAGCAUCUGGCUGAUGUGGUUCCAACGACCAUCCCGAUAGCUCCUUUGAAAGAUCUUAAACUGCCGACGAGCCACGUGCCGAUGGCGGAGAUCGUUAGGAAAGGGUCGCUAACAGGGAGUUCGAGAAGUAUCUUGAGGAAAGGGAGCCUGCCGUUGGAACUCGAGGUUCAAAAUUAUCACCUUCAAGCGUUUGCGAACAGUGAAGACGAUGUCGAUGAUGAUGACGGGAAAGAAGAUAUGUCAGGUCAUGGAGAUCAAGUACAAUACAAACUGUGAAUAACAACACGAUUUUGUGGAAUUCUUUCUUCUUCUUUCAGUCAAGGCAUUUACUUGUUGCUUCUCUCUUUUAUGUGAUUGGACAACCUCUGGUAGAAAUCAGAAACCUGCUCAAGAGACUAAGUGUAUCAGAGAUUGAAAGAAACAUUUUUUUACCCCGUGAUAUCCCGGAAAGUAAUUCAUAUCAAUCAAGAACUGCUUUCUCGUCCCUACAACAAGCACCAUCGUCACGUCGAUUGCAAGAUCACGAGUCCCUCUUGCUCAACCUGUUUCGAUGAUGAUGUCUACCCCGUACAAAGUCAACCCAAGUUUCUGAUGUACAGGAUUAAAAAAAUUCAAAACUCUUGUCAUGUUCCUCCUCUUCCUCCCCCUCCUCCUGUCCCUCACCUGUCUGAUGAUAUUGUUCAGUUGUCGCACAUCUUCGUCUUUCGGCCCAUCGAGAUUUUGUUGAGCCCCGUUGGGUUUGAAAGCACAAGAUUUCUAGUGGAAGUCAGAAGGAGCAGCAGCAGCAGCAGCAGCAGCAGCAGCAGCAGCAGGAGAGAGGAGGAAUAGGAGGGGGAGUCCUCAGGCUUCAGACAGCACCUGACUGUUGAAGGAAUAUGGAAGUUCAGUGUCAUUCCCAACAUCCUGCAAUGAAGUCAGAAGGAAACAAGAGCAGAGGGGAGAGAGGGAGAGAGG